AUGGCCGAUACGAUUAGCACUGACCAGCCAGACGACGGAAUUUCACAGUCAUUUAGUGGGAGUCGGGAAUCACCAGAAGAACCGAUCACAUUUAAGCGCAGACAGAAACCUCCAUCACGUUUCGGUCUCCACAACAUAUUCGGCGGCGCAAACGAUUCACUGUUCCCAUCCCAUAGCCGUCUUAGAAGCGUUGAUGAGAGCCCGCGGAGCUCACGACCCGGUACAGCGACCCAGAAUACUAGCAGAGAACAUGGCAAUGGUUCCGGCACGUCUCACAAGCCAGGGGCGCCGAUGGACUGGUACAUCGAAGGACCCGGAAGAAGGGUAGGGUAUGACAAUUUGACGGCCAUUGACUGGAUAUUCGAAUAUACAAAGGAGAGACAACGGAUACGGCACCUGAACGCCAAUAACCCUGGCCUACUUGGCACAUUUAGGCAAUUGCUAGAUGCCAGCCAGGUUUGGCUGGUUUUGGUUAUGACUGGUUUAGCCGUCGGUCUUCUAGCAGGAUACAUCGAUAUUGCGAGUCGCUGGCUUGCUGAUAUAAAAGUGGGAUACUGUCGGUCGGGUGUUGAAGGGGGUAAAUUUUACCUCAAUCGCAGUUUUUGCUGCUGGGGAUAUGACGAUCCAUCCAACUGCAAACAUUGGAUUCUGUGGCGCGAUGCUUUUAACAUCAAGUCCAAUGCUGGUGGUUUUGUUGCAGAGUACAUGGUCUUUAUCAUGUAUUCAAUUCUGUUCGCCACCUGUGCAGCAGUCCUAGUCACAUCCUAUGCAACUCACGCUAAGCACAGCGGUAUCCCUGAAAUCAAGACGAUCUUAGGGGGAUUCGUGAUCAAAAAGUUUAUGGGACUAUGGACUUUAAUGAUCAAAUCCGUUGGUUUGUGCCUUUCUGUGGCCUCCGGUAUGUGGUUAGGAAAAGAGGGCCCUUUGGUUCAUGUCGCAUGCUGCUGUGCAAACGUGAUCAUGAAACCAUUCAGCAGCCUCAAUCACAACGAGGCACGGAAAAGAGAGGUUCUAUCUGCAGCUGCAGCUGCCGGGAUAUCAGUAGCUUUCGGAUCUCCCAUAGGAGGCGUGCUGUUCAGUCUGGAGCAACUUUCUUACUACUUCCCCGAUAAAACCAUGUGGCAAAGCUUUGUUUGUGCCAUGGCUGCAGCAAUCUCUCUUCGAGCGGUCAACCCGUUCCGCACUGGGAAUAUCGUUCUUUAUCAAGUCACUGAUUCUCAAGGAUGGCAUCCCAUCGAGAUUAUACCAUUUAUCUUACUCGGCAUUUUUGGCGGCCUUUACGGUGGACUUUUCAUCAAGCUGAACAUGAAAAUUUCUAAAUGGCGAAAGUCUCGAGAAUUUUCGUUCCCGGUGCUCGAA